CAAACAUUCAUUCUAAUUUCGAGGUUAUAUUUAAAGCUUUGUGAUGUGUCUGAUUUUUAAAACCUAUAACAAUAAUUAAACGCUUUAUGAUUUGCACGUAUAUAGUAGAAAAUAAUGGCAGUCGUAAUAGAAACUACACUCGGUGACAUUACUGUGGAUCUUUACUUAGAUCAAAGACCUGUAACUUGUUUAAACUUUUUAAAACUGUGCAAAAUGAAAUACUACAAUUACAAUCUAUUUCAUUCCAUACGAAGUGGAUUUAUCGCUCAAACUGGUGAUCCUACAGGGGAAGGAUCAGGUGGAGAAUCUAUUUGGGGUAUAUUAGAAGGGCCUCGCAAAAGAUUCUUUUCUGGUGAGAAAAUGCCUAAAAUUCGUCAUACGGAAGCUGGUUUGUUGUCAAUGGUUUGUACUGACGAUAUGAUGGUGGGCUCGCAAUUUUUUUUUACUCUUGCCCCAGACUUGGACUCAUUAGACGGUACACAUUGUGUGAUUGGAGAAGUAACGGAAGGCCAUGAAGUUCUAGGAAAAUUGAAUGAAGUUAUCUGUGAUGAAGCUCAUCGGCCGUAUCGUGAUGUUCGUAUUACACAUACAGUGGUCCUAGAAGAUCCCUUUAAUGAUCCCCCGGGGUUACGAGCGCCGUCCCGGUCACCAUCACCAAAUCCUGAGCGGUUAAAGGGUGGUAGAAUUGCACCAGAUGAAGAAAUUGAUGAAACUGAAGGCAAAACUGCUGAAGAAAUUCAAGAAAUGAUUGAGGAGAAGGAAGCUAAAGCCAGAGCUACUAUCCUUGAAAUAGUAGGUGAUCUACCAGAUGCUGAUAUUGCACCACCUGAAAAUGUACUGUUUGUGUGUAAGCUCAAUCCAGUGACAACUGAUGAUGACUUGGAAAUUAUUUUCAGUCGCUUUGGUAAAAUUGUAAGCUGUGAAGUUAUUAGAGAUAAAAAGACUGGGAACUCCUUACAAUAUGCAUUCAUUGAGUUUGAUAAUAAAAAAUCCUGCGAGGAUGCCUAUUUCAAAAUGGACAAUGUAUUAAUAGAUGACCGAAGAAUUCAUGUUGAUUUCUCACAAUCAGUCUCGAAAAUGAGAUGGUUGGGUAAAGGGAGAGGUGUUCAAUAUUUUAAUGAUGACCAAUCAGAGGUGUCUGUUGAUAGAAUAGAACAGUCAAAUAGACCAUCAAGUAAAGAUAGAGACAAAUAUAGCCAUAGAGAUCAUAACUCGAAGCAUGAUGAUAGGAAAUAUGAAAGAAAAGAAAGUAGUUAUAGGGAUAGAAGAAAUAGAGAAGAUAGAUACCAAAAUAAUAAGUCACAAAGAGACAGAAGUAGGAGUCGAUCUAGACCAAAAGAAUCAAGAUCUCAUAGAAGCGAAAGACACAGUAGGAGACAAAGCAAAGACCGUGAUAAUGGCAUUAAUAGAAAUUCUCAUAGUCAUAGAAGUGAUAACAAUGGUACUGAAAAAUCUAAUAAAUCACAUGCUUCCAAUUCUGAAAGAAGGAAUCAUACCUCAUCUCCACGUAGAAGGAAUGAUAUAGAAUCUUAUAAUAGGCACGACAGAAGUAAAGAUAAGAGAGAUAAAAGCAGAAAUGAAGAAAGAGAACAAGAAAAUAGUUUAUCUAAUAAAAAUAGAAACAAAUCUAAAAUUAAUGAAGAACCUAAAACCCCAUCCCCCAUUUUAGAUAAAAAGAAACAUGAUAAGGUUAGUAAAUCUAAGAAUAAGCAAACAAAAGACAGUAAAUCUAGUAAAAAGAAACGAAAGGUAUCUACAUCGUCUUCAGAUAGUUCUGAAAGUAGUUCUAGCACGGAAUCAUCAAGUUCAAGUGAUUCUGAUAGAAAGAAAAAGAGAAGUAAAAAGAGGAAAGUAUCCACAUCCAGUAGUUCAAGUACUAGUUCUUCCAGUAGUUCAGAUAGCAGUAGUGAUUCUACCACGUCAAGCUCGGAUAGUGAUAUGGAUAAAAAAGAGCGUAAAAAAAAGGUUCAUUCGAAGAAGCCAUUAAAGAAGUCUAAAAAAUAAAUUCAUAUGUAUGAGACUGGGUUUUUUCUACCUAUUAUUAAUAAUGUUUAAACAAAUGCGUACAAAUGGUACAAAAAUAGUUCAUUUUUAAUAUAACAAAGUAUUACAGGUUCCAUUUAUCAUAAUAAAAUUUAAGUAACAAUAAGGUACUUUGUAUUUUUUUACUUAUAAUAAUAAGAAGAAAAGUGAAUAAACUACACUUCAAUAAGUUAGAUAACCCAGUUAAACAUAACUUGCAGGUGAAAUAAUUUCAAAUUUUGUUUGCAAACAUUAAAAAAGACAUGUUUCUUUAAUU